GUUCUGGCAUGUCCACAGGGCCAGGGACUAUAGGAAAUGACUGCUUUUAUCUCUUCAGAUACAAGACUAGAGACAUUUCCUCAAGGGAACCUAAUAUUAGCUUCUUUCAAACCCUGCCAGCAUGGAAAGUCAGUGGUCAGCAGGACCAGCACAGGUCUUCUGGGCCAGUUUUUCUCCCAUUGCUGGGCUAGGGCAAAUUGAGAUUCUGAAUUUGUCAGUUCCAAGAUGUGGUUUGUGGAUAUGAAGAAGUUGCUGACAACCUCUGUUUAAAAGAGGGAGUACUAUUUGGAGACCGGUUGAGCUUGCUGAGAGCAGCACUCUGUCCCGUUGGAAGAUAGCCUCCCGGGCUUCCCUUGUCCCUAGCUGUGAGCUGCCUGGCAUGGUGCUGGGAGAAGUCCCUGAGUCUACUCAGUGUCCAUCCCUCACCAGCCUGAAUACCAAGGAUGUGGUUCGGAAAAGACACAAGAGGAGAAGCCGGCAGCACCAGCGGUUCAUGGCCCGCAAAGCCUUGCUGCAGGGGAAUAUGGCACCAGGGCCAGAAUCCUGCCCUCUGUCCUCCCCAUCACAGACACCAGCAGACACACAGGCUUCAGGCAGCAGAAGACAGCGUUCCAAAGCCACGCCUGGCGGUGGUGGCCCAUGCAGCAAAAGGCCUGUCACCAGAGAAGCCCAAAGGCCUGGGCCCAGCAAAUGUGUAGCCAUUGACUGUGAGAUGGUGGGUACAGGUCCUCGUGGGCGGGUGAGCGAGCUGGCCCGCUGCUCUGUAGUAAGUUACAAUGGCGAUGUUCUCUACGACAAGUACAUCCGGCCUGAGAUGCCCAUUGUGGACUACCGCACCCGCUGGAGUGGCAUUACCCGCCAACACAUGCUCAAGGCCAUCCCCUUCCAGGUGGCCCAGAAAGAGAUCCUAAAGCUCUUGAAGGGCAAGGUGGUGGUGGGGCAUGCACUGCACAAUGACUUCCAGGCCCUCAAGUAUGUUCAUCCCCGGAGCCAGACCCGGGAUACCACUUACGUCCCAAACCUGCUCAGCCAGCCCAGCUUCCACACCCGAGCUCGGGUCUCUCUGAAGGACCUGGCCCUGCACCUGCUGCACAAGAAAAUUCAGGUGGGUCAUCAGGGACACUCAUCUGUGGAAGAUGCCAUGACAGCCAUGGAGCUCUACCAGCUGGUGGAAGUGCAGUGGGAACAACAAGAGGCCAACAAUGCCAAGGCCCUUCCUGAGGACAGGGGCUCCGACAGCAGCACCGACAUGGAGCAGUACAUGGAGGACCAGUACUGGCCUGAUGAGCUGGCCCAGAGCACCAGUGGAGAAAUAAGGGAGGCCCAGGAAGGAAGGGAGUGAGAGGAAGGUGCAGCAAGUGGGAGAGCCAGGAGAGGUCCUCCCUGGACAGACAGGGAAGGCAGUGUCUGGUAGACAGGGUCAGAGGACUCACCCGAGCCCAUGCUGCUUCACAGCACUACCGUCUAUGUCUAAGGGAUGCUUUUCCCCCAAUUCCUGUGGGUUCGCUAAUGACACUAGGCAGACUUUGUCUAGUGCCCAGCAGGUAUAGGGAAAGUGCCACAGGACUGUCCAAGGUUGUCACUGGCUCCCUGAGCCAAGUCUUCUGGGGUCACUGCUUGCUACUCUGGUGCAGUCAGCGUCCUGGAGCUCCUACUUCCAUUCUGGCAGGGUGUUCAGUUGCUGUUGCCACCUCUCUUCUUCCACAGAUAUGUUCAGGAUAAUAGUAAUUUAAAGAGUUAAUUAAGAAAGGCCCUUAAAGAAGACAUGUGUUCCCUGUCUCUUACUUUCUUAGAUGUCCUAUCCUAAGAGUAACUUUAGGGGACUGUGUUACUAAGCAAGGGCUCUGACAAAGCCUCAUUAUUACUGUCACAUAGUGCUGAGACAUUGGGAAAGCCUGUGACUUCCUGUUGAGCCAGUUUUCCCCUCUCUAAAUUGGGAUUGUGAUACCUCUUGGGUGUCUAGGUGCUUUGUGUGCAUCCUCGUGAUGUGAGUGAAAGUGCUCUGUUCAGGCCAGUGCCUGAUUUCUGAGCAGCUACGGCCCAGGCAGGACUCUUGUUUGGCUCUGCCAGCAGAUGAGGUGGGGGCCAGGGCAAGAACAUUGUAGGGGAGUUCAGAGUUCUCUGCGGGUCUUGCUACCAGCUUUUGGCUUCACAUCAGCAUCUGGCCACUAUAUUUGGGAAAGUGACAGCAGGAACCCAGAUAGGGUCAGAAAGGAAGGAACACUACUACUGAGACCACACUUCCAGCUGUCAGCCCUGAUUGCACAAAACCUUAGUCAUGGAUUGUUUGCUUGCUGCUCCUCCCUGCCAGGGAAAGAGGGGGCUGGCUGAAUCAUCACUUCUGGCCUGGCGCCAGGGAUAAGCUCUUGUUUCCUUAAAAAGCAGCAACCUGUGCCAACGUCACUGCCGGGUAGCUUGAUGGCUUCAUUUGUGCAUUGAAGGGUGGUGGAACUGAUAGCCUGUGGAAGUGUACUGUGAGAAAUAGCUAUCUUGUGGUACUAGACCAUUAAUGCAGGAAUAAUAAAUUAUAAAGCUCAAUUGGAA